AUGAAGCUCGUCCAUCCCGCUGCGCAAACCCCUGACUUGGCCGCGCCGUUCCACCUCAGCCAACUCUCCCUCGGCGACGGCGACUGGGUCAGCUACCAAGAGCGCACCCUGACAUACGCCAAAUGGAUCGACCUCGACCGGAUCCUCUACGUCUUCCGCGAAAACCACGGCCUCGACACCCAGGGCGCCGAGCCCAACGGCGGCUGGGAUGCCCCCGACUUCCCCUUCCGCAGCCACUUCCAGGGCCACUUCCUGACCGCAUGGGCACACUUCUACGCCGUCCUCGACGACGACGAAUGUCGAGACCGCGCCGCCUACGUCGUCGAGGAACUGGCCAAGUGCCAAGCCAACAACGAGGCCGUGGGCUUCACUCCGGGUUACCUCAGCGGGUUCCCCGAGUCGGAGAUCGAAAAGGUCGAGAACCGCACCCUCGACAACGGGAACGUGCCGUACUACGCCAUCCACAAGACCAUGGCCGGCCUCUUGGACGUGUACCAGCACAUGGGCAACCAGCAGGCCCUCGACGUCUUGUUGGGCAUCACGGAUUGGAUCGACGUCUGCACGAGCCGUCUCAGCCACGACGAGAUGCAGGAGUCCUUGGAGACCGAGUUUGGCGGCAUGAACGAGAUCUUCGCCGACAUGGCGCGCCGCCUCCCGGACGAGGACACGGAGCUUUUCAUCGCCCUCGCGCGGCGGUUCGACCACGAGCGCCUGUUCGACCCCCUAUCUGCCGGCCGGGAUGAGCUGGAGGGUCUCCACGCCAACACGCAGAUCCCCAAGUGGAUCGGCGCCGCGCUGGAGUACAAGGCCACGGGGGAGGAGCGGUACCUCGAAAUUGCCCGUAAUGCCUGGCGUAUGACGGUGUGGGCGCACUCGUACGCCAUCGGGGCGAACAGUGUGGCGGAGCACUUUCGCGCGCCGGACGCCAUUGUGGAUUUCCUCCACGACGACGCCGCUGAGGCGUGUAACAGCUACAACAUGCUGAAGCUCACGCGGGAGCUCUGGACGCUGACGCCGGGGGAUACGGAGUAUUUUGAUUUCUACGAGGUUGCUAUGCUGAAUCACCUGAUCGGUCAACAGGACCCGACGAGCGAGCAUGGCCACGUUACGUACUUCACGCCCCUGAACCCCGGGGGUAGACGAGGUGUUGGUCCUGCCUGGGGGGGAGGCACGUUUUCGACGGACCACGACUCUUUUUGGUGUUGUCAGGGCACUGCGCUGGAGACCAACACCAAGUUGAUGGACUCGAUUUACUUCCAUGACGAGGAGUCGCUUUACGUGAACUUGUUUGUCGCCUCGAGGCUGGAUUGGUCCCAGCGCGGGGUGCAGGUGAGCCAGACGACGAGGUAUCCUGUCGACGACACCACGACGCUCACGUUCGAGAGGGGAGCGUCGCAGUUUGUCCUGCGAGUGCGAAUUCCCGCUUGGGCGGAGGAUUCCGAGAUUACGGUCAACGGACAACGUGUAAACGGUACUUUUGAGGGGGGCUCUUAUGCUGUCGUCGAUAGGCGGUGGGAGGAUGGGGAUGUCGUGUCUGUUCGGCUUCCCAUGUCGUUGCGUCUCAUCCCUGCAAAUGAUGACCCGAACGUCGCUUCUGUGGCUUUCGGUCCGACUAUUCUGGCUGGGAACUACGGCGACGAGGAGUUGGCGGAAAGGCCAUCGCUCGACCUAGGUUCUAUCCGGCGCCUGGACAGUGGACACACCGACCUCCAGUUUGAGGGGUCUGCUAGUACUGGGUCUGUGUUGCUUGGUGCGUUCAACGCCGCUCAGGGGUUCAACUACAAUGCCUAUUGGAAUGUGACUGGCGAGUUGCCCUAAAGGCAUAUAUACGUCUCAAGCUGGCAGCAAGGAGUGUGAGACGAGAACCAGAACCAGUAUUCACAGUACAGGCUAUUCAGGGGCUAGCUAGGAUCAGUCAGGUGUCUGUUGUUUGGGUAUGAAUUUGUAUCGUCUUGUCCCGCCUAUAAACACUGGGAGUUAUCAACACA